AUGGAUUUGUUCUGGCACAAAUUAAUUUGUAGUGUUUUAUUACUCUUGUCAGCCAUCUUGGGUUAUUUUUUUCCGGCCAAAAUUGAUAGCAAUGAGAAGAAUAAAGGAUAUAAAAGUAGGAUUCUUCCGACUCUGACAGCCUUUGGAGCAGGAGCUUUUAUUGCUCUAGCUCUCGUUCAUCUCAUUCCAGAUGCGAUCGAAGAUUCAAGCUCGGGGCUGUUAUCUUUUAAGAUUUCGGGUAUUGAGAUAAAUGGUGUUUGCUACUUAAUUUUGGUAGGUUUCUUAUUCUCACUAAUUUUUGAAAGUAUAGUCGACGAGUUUUUUGGAACACAUGAAAUACAUGGUCAUUUCCACGACUGUUAUCACAGAAACUCUAAUCAUAAUGGUUCAGGAGAAAACAUAAACUCUAAUGUUAUGAGUACUAAUGUCUCGUCCGGUUUCUCAUCCGACGAAGAUUCGUGCAUUAUUGAUCAAUUUGACUCAGACUUAACAACUGAUAAGAAGAGCUCGCCAUUAUGCGCGCCAAAUUUGAUCAAGAAACAAAAUUCGUUAUCAAAGAAAGUUAAAACAAACUUGUUUGAGAAUGCUGGUAAAACAAAGAAAGAAACCGUUGCUAGUUCGAUAGGAUUCGUUUUGGUCUGCGCAUUGUUUUUCCAUUCCCUAUUUGAAGGAAUGGUUGUAGGAACUUCAAAGAGCAUUUUGGGCACUUGGGUUAUCACCUGCGUUAUUUUUGCUCAUAAAUGGAUUGAAAUUUUAAUAGUGUACAUGACUCUCAUUUCAAAGGGCAUUAACCCAAUAAUUUACAUUAUUAUUCUUUCAUUUGGAUCACCUAUAGGGACCAUGAUUGGAGCUAUUGUAAUAAUCUCAAAUUCGAUUGCAUCAGCUAUUUGCUCAGCACUUGCUGCUGGAACAAUUCUUUAUGUUGCUUGUAUUGAAGUUAUUCCGGAUGUAUUCAAUGACAAACACUCAAUCCCCAUUUUCUUAAAAUUAGGAUCUUUCAUUGCGGGAAUUGUCACCGUUUCUACAAUAACUUUGGUUGGAGAUGUUGUAGAGAACUCGUACUAA